CGAAACACGACCCACAUCCCUAUCCACUCCCUAUAAUUUCAUUUCAUUUAUUUUUCUCCAUUUUGAAGGAGUAGAAGAGAAGCUGUUUUUCCUUCAUUACAUCCUCCUUUUUACCCAUUUGGAUUGACCCUUCUACCAAACCCAACCACUGUUAUCUUUUCAAAACUGUGUGCCAUACCCGUUCACGAUACCAUCCGUUGAAUUCAUCCCAAGAAAAACAUCUGUAUUCCUUUGAAGCAUCUGAAAUGGCGACUGCUUUUGGAGUGAUGGGUCGCUUUGCGGAUUGCGGAUCUGAAUCCGCGUCAUCGAUUCGCUUGAGGAAGAAGAAGGGUGGGGGUAAUCGCAAUGCUGGCGGGUUCAAACUCUUCUGCCUUUCUUCUUCUCUCACAGAUCAUUACCAGACUCUCAGGAUCCACCCCGGAGCUUCUGAAUAUCAGGUCAAGAAAGCUUUCAGACACCUUGCCCUUCAGUAUCAUCCGGACGUUUACAGAGGAAGCGACAGCGGCGUCCAAUUUCACCAAAUUAUUGAAGCCUAUGAUAUGGUCAUGACGAAUUUGAAAAGUGAAACGAGGGGAGAGGUGGAGGCGAAGAAGCAUCGAAAGAAAAUGGUGGAUGAAGAGAAUGCAUAUUGGGAAGAGCCAUGGGAAGAGUGGAUGGGAUGGGAAGGAGGACUCCCCCGCGACUAUUCGUCCCAAGUUUAAACCCGUACAUCUAAUAAUCUGAACUCUUUCUGAUCUGAAUCACAUCUUCUUUGUAUUGCAUAGAUGAUAAUGGUGGUUUUGAGAGAAUGAAAUGGAAGCCCACCAGUCUGGAGAUGGUUGUGGUUUCUUUUGUACAGAAGACUCAAAAGUUCUCUAUGUUAGCUUGUACAUAAACAGCAUUGCCAGCUUUCUUUUUCUUGUUGUACAUUACAUGAAAUAUGGAGUAUUUAAUUUCAUGGUUUUGUGUUUCUUACUGUUUCAUGUACUUGUAUUAUGACUAAUUGACUAUCAUCUGCAAGCGUAGAAGGUGACCAAUGAAAAUGUUAACCAUUUUUUUCGUUCGCCUGGACAAUGGAUAUAAAUAGAUAUAGACCG